AAUAUGCUAGCUCAUAAUUUAUGUGAAGCAGCAAAGAGAAAUCGAGUUUGGGAAGUGGUAAAAUUAACAAAAAUAAAUCCUUUGUUUAGUGAUGUUGCUAGAUCUGAUGAUGUGCGUGCAUGCCCAGUUGGCAAAUUCUUGAGGCACUGCACGCAGAGGCAACGUGUGAAGAACCCACCUGCCACGUGUUGGAGUGCUUCUCCCAUCUGCUCCCUUAGGACCACAAAAAUAACAUAAGCUCCAUUCCAAAACCAAGGAAUCUGAACCUAAGCUGCACCCAAAUCAAACAUUCUCUGAGCCCUCAGAUCUCCAAUCAGAAAGCAGCUAUUGUUCUCCAUUAAGUCCAUGUCAUACUUUUGGUGCAUAGAAGCUCAGACAACGGCUGCCUCGCCGUAGAUAAUGGCCUCAAAAUUUUCCAGCUCAGUAUAAUUCCCAUCACGUAAAAGACGCAUGGCCACAAAGAAAACAUAGCAUCCUUCUUUUCUCACUGGAUAUGGUCAUCUUUUCUGUUUCGUUGGCUUGGAAGAAAUAAAACUGAGAGUAUCAUGAGCUAUGUGCUGAAAACUAUGCUCCGGCUACAGAUUUCCGGCCAUGCAAUCAGAGACAACAGACUUCCACGUAUUGGAGGUUAUCGGAAGGAGUGGGUUCUUCGAGUUUGGCAAGUGAACUGGCAGUCGAAGUGGAAUCAUGUGAGCAUUGUCAAGGCCUUGAAGGAUGAGGCUGAAGGUGGUGCAAGUGGAUUUGCAGGCCAAAGAUGGGAUCCUGGCUUAGAGAUUGAAGUCCCCUUUGAGCAGAGACCGGUGAACGAGUAUUCCUUGUUGAAAAAUAGCAUCCUUUACUCAUGGGGUGACCUAAGUCCACGGUCAUUAUUUCUUCGCCUUGGAAGCUUGUGGCUGGUAACUUUUACAGUUCUAGGGGCACCAAUAGCAGCUGCAAGUUUUGACCCUUCCAAGGACCCAUUGAAAUUUGUCCUAGCUGCUGGGACUGGAACUCUUCUCCUGGUGUCCCUGGUUGUACUGCGAAUAUAUAUGGGAUGGAGUUAUGUAGGUGAUAGGCUGCUUUCAGCGGUGAUACCUUACGAGGAAAGUGGGUGGUACGAUGGGCAGAUGUGGGUAAAGCCACCAGAGAUAUUGGCUCGUGACAGGCUGCUGGGAUCUUAUAAGGUAAAGCCAGUCAUUAAGUUGUUGAAACAAACAUUAGUUGGGACUGGAGUGUUGCUUGUUACUGCGGUAUCACUAUUCAUAUUUGCUGCUCCAGUGGAGAACUUCCUCCAUUCAGCUUUUGAUACAAAAGGAAACAAUUUGGAUCUUCCAACUUCUUCAAAGAACAAAUUCAACUUAAGAAAAGAAGAGUUGCUGAGCUUACCAGUAGAAGUGAAGGAUGAUGACGACCUAGCAGCUGCUGCAGCUAAGGCUGCUGAUGGAAGGCCAGUGUACUGCAGAGAUAGAUUUUAUCGUGCCUUAGCAGGUGGACAGUACUGCAAGUGGGAUGAUUUACUGAAUUAGCCCACAUAGCAUCAACUCAAUCUCUUAAGAGAACAUUAUACUUUAUAGGUUGUCUAUGCUUAGCAAUAGCUAUGACAAACAAAUAUUUGUUGUCAUCAACUAAAAUAGGACCUUUUGCACAAGGAGACACGGGGCAAGCCCAAUGCACCUUAAAUAUGAUGCAUCCUUUCUUUUCUUCUCCU